AUGCUUUUUAACAAUCUAAAGUUGUCGAAAUAUAAAAAAUUAAAGGACGUGAUUUCGAUACCGGGUAGGUGUAGUAAUCUUACUCAGAACAGAGAGUUAAGAACUAGCAUUUUUAAAGAUGACGAGAUAUAUUUAGAUCCCUUAGAAGUUCAUAAUGAAGCAUUGAAAAAAACAAAUUAUUUAAACUGUGGGAAUAUGGAUGAGUGUGUAUACAAUCGAAAUAAUGUAGGCAUGCAUACAGUUAUAAUAAAUAAUAAUUACAUGAACAUAAAAUUAAUUAACAAGUUGUACAAAGAAUUAAGGAACAGUGAAGUAAAUUAUACAAAAAGAUUCUUAUUUUUAACAUCGUUAUAUAAUGAUGUAUUUAAUUAUAGUUAUAAUUUAUAUGACUUAUUGAAAAUAGUAGAAAUAUAUCAAAGAACGAAGCAUAUCAAAUAUUCUGAUAUAAUAAAAAAUAUUUUACAAAAUGUUAAUGAUCUAGCUUAUUUAUUAUUUUCUUAUAAGAAACCACUCAUUUCGUAUUGUAAUGGGAAAACAAAAGGAUCUGCAGGGUUUUUAUCGUUUCUAUCGAACAACAGUUCUGCCUAUUUCCAUUCUUCUUAUUCGUACAAUAAUUUAAAAUAUUCUUUUUUACCUUAUGGCGGUAUUUCUUACGUGCUAGCCAAUUUAAGGGGAUCCUUAGGAUUUUAUUUAGCCUUAACAGGUCAGGAAAUAAAAUCUGCUGAUUUAAUUUGGUGUGGUUUAAGUAAAAGAUGGAUAUCAGAAGAUACACUAGAAUUGAUGGAAAUAACAUCUGAAAGUCAAUUAGAAGUUUCGGAACAAGAUGCAAAUAUAUUGUUAGAGGAAUAUUUUUUAAAAAUUCCACAAACUUAUUCAUUAAAAAAUUAUGAACAUAUAAUUCAUGAUCACUUUAAGUAUAAUAAUUUAUUAUAUAUAUUGAAAAAAUUAGAUGAUACAGCAAGGAAAAGCACAAAUGAUAAAGUAAAAAUGUGGGCACAAGAAACAUAUCAACGUAUAUGUUCCUUACCCCCAUUAGCUACUCAUGUGACAUUUGAAAUUUUAAAUAUACUAAGAAAUUAUAAAGUAGAUUUAUUAAAAAAAGCUCAAAUAACAAAAAAUUUAUGGACUACUAUGAUAAAAAAUACUUAUAAAAUAACACCAACAACAAAAGAACAAGUCAGUAUGAACGAACUAAAGUAUACAAUUGAUAAAGAACUUUUCAUUAAAGCUUUAAAUAUAGAAACAAAUACAAUCUUAAAUUUUAUUUCUUGUCCUGAUGUUUUAAAUGGAAUUACUAGCUAUUUAGUUAAACAGUCAAACCAUUCUUUUACUUCAAAUUAUUUAAAUAACAACAUUUUUGAAAUAAAAAAAGAUAUAGUUCAUUAUUUUAUUUUCUACAAAAAUAAUUAUGAAUAUACCGAGUACGAUAGACCGGACAUUAGCUUUUCCAGUUUAGCUGUUCUGGACAAGUAUAAUCAACAUUACAGUGCGCAGCAUAAAACCACAUACGAUAGGCUUUUCUUCUCUAAGCAGAGAGAACGAUGGAAUGACGACUACUUAAAGGACGACUUAGACAAAAUUGAUAGUUAUUUUUUGUAA